UCAUUUAUGAAGUGACUGUGUGAAAUAGCUAAUAAAUUUAGGACCUAUGUUAAAACUUUAUUUCACAGCUAUGAGUUAUAUUUAAAUAAAAUUAGGUUGUACAAUAUUGUAUUGAGUGAUUUUCAAACGUUUUAGUUUUGUUCGCUGAUAUAAAUAUAAAACAAAAUGUGGUUGAUGACCGUGUAAAAAGAGUUAUCCCUACAAACCAGCACCCACAGCUAACUACAUAACAGUGCCCUAAAUCAGAGUUUAGUACCAAAUGAUUAUGUUAUUGUAAAUAACAAGUGAGCUGUGAUCAAGUGACGCCGUCUUAUGUGUUCCGGGCCGCUGUGCAAUCACUGAGAGACAAUGAGUUCUUCCAGUUCUCUGCUGAAAAAUCCUCAACCGUCUCGGCCGAUUGACUUGGAUCAGAUAUGGGGCGACCUACAAGAAGGCAUCGAGCUGGUGUACAGACGACAGCACAUCGUAAGAAACAGAUACAUGGACUUUUAUACUCACGUGUACAACUACUGUACGUCCGUGCAUCAGAACAACUCGCCAAUGUCCAGAGCGAAUGCCAGCAAGGCCCCGUUUGCUGCAAGGAAACAGGGCGGACAGGUUCAGGGCGGCGCGCAGCUGGUCGGUCUGGAGCUGUACAAGAGGCUACGAGAGUUUUUGAGGAUCUACCUUAUUAAUUUACUCAAGAACGGCGCCGACCUGAUGGGCGAGGAUGUGUUGGCGUUUUACACCAAGCAGUGGGAGGAGUACCAGUUCUCGUCGCGCGUGCUCAACGGCAUCUGCUCCUACCUCAACAGGCAUUGGGUCAAGCGUGAGUGCGAGGAGGGCAGGAAGGGCAUCUACGAGAUAUACCAGUUGGCACUGGUGACGUGGCGAGACAAUUUGUUCAAAUGUUUGAACAAGCAAGUGACCAACGCCGUACUGAAGCUCAUCGAGAGGGAACGGAACGGGGAGACCAUUAACACUAGACUUGUUUCUGGGGUAAUCAACUGCUAUGUGGCGUUGGGGUUGAACGAGGAGGAACCCUCGGCACGCGGCCAGAACCUGGCCAUCUACAAGGAGACCUUUGAAUCAGUCUUCUUGGAGGACACAGAACGAUUCUACACCAGAGAGAGCACCGACUUCUUGAGGAAUAAUCCUGUAACAGAAUAUAUGAUUAAGGCCGAGCAGCGACUACAGGAGGAGCAGAGACGCGUGCAGGUGUACCUCCACGAGACGACCAUGGAGAGACUCGCCAAGACCUGCGACAGGGUGCUCAUUGAGAAACACCUGGAGAUAUUCCACUCUGAGUUCCAGAAACUUCUGGACGGCGACAAGAACGCGGACCUGGGACGCAUGUACAGUCUGGUAGCUCGUAUACCAAAUGGGCUGGUGGAGUUGCGUCGUCUACUGGAGCAGCACAUCCAUGCACAGGGGCUGCACGCUAUUGACAAGUGCGGCGACUGCGCUCACACGGACCCGAAAGUAUACGUGUCGACGAUCCUCGAAGUGCACAAGCAAUACAACGCGCUAGUGCUGGUCGCGUUUCUCAACGAGUCCGGCUUCGUCACAGCUUUGGACAAGGCCUGCGGGAGGUUUAUUAACAGUAAUGCAGUGACAAAGGCAGCGAACUCGUCGUCGAAGAGUCCAGAGCUGCUCGCCAAGUAUUGUGACCUGCUGCUGAAGAAGUCCAGCAAGAACCCCGAAGAGGCAGAACUGGAAGACACGCUUAAUCAAGUUAUGGUGGUAUUUAAGUACAUAGAGGACAAGGACGUCUUCCAGAAGUUCUACAGCAAAAUGCUCGCCAAGCGGCUCGUGCAACACAUGUCGGCGAGCGACGAUGCCGAGGCCUCAAUGAUCUCAAAGCUGAAGCAAGCGUGCGGUUUCGAAUAUACAAGUAAAUUACAGAGGAUGUUCCAGGACAUUGGAGUAUCGAAAGACCUGAACGAGAACUUCCGCAAGCACAUGGCGAACAGCUCGGAGCAGCCGCUGCACAUCGACUUCAGCAUCCAGGUGCUGUCGUCCGGCUCCUGGCCCUUCCAGCAGUCUUCCAGCUUCCAGCUGCCCACUGAGUUGGAGCGCUCAGUGCACCGGUUCACAACGUUCUACUCGUCACAGCACUCCGGCAGGAAGCUCAACUGGCUCUACAACAUGAGCAAGGGCGAGCUGGUCACCAACUGCUUUAAGAACAGAUACACGCUGCAAGCGAGCACGUUCCAGAUGGCCGUCCUGCUGCAGUACAACGACAACAUAUCGUGGACGGUGCGCCAGCUCGAGCAGCACACGGGCAUCAACGGCGACUUCCUCAUACAGGUGCUACAGAUCCUGCUGAAGGCAAAGUUGCUGGUGUGCCAGGACGAUGAGUCCGAACUGACGGAGUCUUCCGUUGUUGAUCUAUACCUAGGAUACAAAAACAAAAAGCUGCGCGUGAACAUCAACAUCCCGCUGAAGACGGAGCUGAAGGUGGAGCAGGAGGCCACGCACAAACACAUCGAGGAGGACCGCAAGAUGCUCAUACAGGCUGCCAUAGUAAGGAUAAUGAAGACCCGCAAGACCCUCAAACACCAGCACCUCGUGGUGGAAGUGCUCAACCAACUAUCCUCGCGGUUCAAGCCACGCGUGCCUGUCAUCAAGAAAUGCAUCGACAUCCUCAUAGAGAAGGAGUACCUGGAGCGCACGGAGGGGGAGAAGGACACGUAUAGCUACUUAGCGUGAUCUAUGUCACACCACACCAAUCAAAUAAACUGUAACAAUAUUAAAUA